UCCUUAACCCACUGAGCAAGGCCAGGAAUCGAACCUGUGUCCUCACGGAUACUGGUUGGAUUCAUUUCCGCUGAGCCACAGCGGGAACUCCAUGCCCGCGUCUUAACCUGUGCACCGCAGUGGUGACUCCUAGAACACGUUUUCUGUAGGAGAACAUGUGGACUGGAUGUGUCGACCCCUCCUUCUCUCCCCUCCUUUUUAUACACACGUAAGGACCCGAAGGUGAGACAGAGGUGCUGUGAGAGGACAUCCUUGGAUGCUUUUAUUGAGGACACCAGUCCAGUGCGAGGGCUGCAGAACCAUAACAGAAUUCAGGAGAACUAGCUACGGCCUUACACAUACAGCCUCUUCUUCACCUCCUGGUAGCACCUGCAUGGACCACGCCAACACUUUGAUGCCAUCAAGGUGAAAGUGAUUUGUGCUGUGGAGUGGAAAGUCACAAAGCCAGCACUCUGUCCACCUCCAUUGUUAACUCUAGAUGUUUAUUUUGGAGACCCAGAAGCUGCUGAGAGGCCGCUGUUUCAUGGCAAAUCUUAGUAGGCAUGGCUGCAGUCCCUGGCAGGUUGUCCUUGCUGCUCUCAGAUGUAGAUCUCUGUUCUCUCCCUGGCUGAUUCCUUCAGUCCACCAGUAUUUGCCGAGUCCUCUCUGGGUCACCUGCUGCAGCUCCAUCAGCAGGGGAGACCCAGAGGACCGUUCCUGUCCUCAAGCAGCUCACCAUCUGGUUUGGGGAAACAGAUGGGCAUGUUUAUGGUGACUGCAUAGAGACUGCGAGAUGGAAGAAACAAGGGGGCAACUUGGGGAACAGCUCAUGUAGUUAAAGCUGGGGAUGGUGUCUGCUGGACAGUGAUGCUGGCUCUGGGUGGUGAGGCAGCUGAGCACAUGGGAGAGCUGCAGGUCAUCAGGAGAAGCCAAGCCCUUUGAUUUCGGUGGGAGCCAUGGGAGGCCGAGCUCGUGUGGUGGGAGAGGAAAGUGGGGGGAGCGAGAGGGAGCCCCCUGACCUGAUCCAAAGGCUUGACUCCUUUCUGCUUCUGGAGUCAAAGACCAUGACACCUUCUGUUGAUAGGUGAUGUGAGAUUUGCCAGGAGUUGCCUGGUCGGGGGCACUGCUCAUGGUGUGCUUCACUGACUCAGGGGAGGGUGGCACAGAAUAGCUUUUGCUUCUGCAGAGAGCUCUUCCUGUCCUUGGUUUUUGUGUGUCUCUUAACGGAACACAGGCUCUGGAGUCACGCAUUGGCUUUGCUGUGACAACACUUCUGACCUUGGCAACUUACUGCAUCCAGCUCUGGCCUCUGUUUCACCAUCUGUUAAAAGGGCAUAAUUAUAAAAGCUACCUCAUGGCAUCAUUCUGAGCAUGAAGUCAGUUUAUGUAUAGAUGAAUAUGAAUAAAUAGUAACACAUAAUAUACAGUGAGUUGGUUUUAUAUAUAAAUGACACAUAGUAAGCAUACACUCAUUGUUACCUACGACUGCUGUUUUAUCGAGCCCCUCCCCCUGGGGGUACCAUGCGUAUUUAAUUACAUCUUCCUGCUUCCUGCCCUCCAGUUUCAAAUGCAGGAAUCACCACAUGAGCCUGGUAAUGCUGCUGUAAUAAUCUACUGAGUGGAUGUAAAUAAGGAACAUCUGUGCAAUAUUUAUGACCCAUAAAAUGCAGUUAUACUCUAAAAUGUUGUUCUCAUCCCAAGUAGGUCAUUGCCAUGGUCCAUGAUCGGAGGACCCUCCUGGGGCCCCGGGCUCUGCUCACCGAGGUCUGUGCCAGCCAGCCCAGAUGGGAACGGGCAGUGCCACAUGGCAGUUGGCGAAAAUGAGGCUCCUGAGGGUUUUUUGCCCAUCAGAGCAAAAAAUGAGUUAUCUUUUUGCAGGAAAAAUGGGGGUAAAGGUGCUUUUUAAAUCGAGAACAGCCAGCUUUCAGUUGUGCGCGUGACUGUGCAGGGGAGAAUUUAAAUCCCCCGCUUGGUUUCCUGACAUUUAGUGCGUUUCUGUCAUGUGUGUUACCAUUUUUGCUUGGGUGUCCAGGAAACUCUGAGUCAGAUUUGCAGCCCAGUCUUAGCCAGUAUGUACGAGGUUACAGUGAGUGAUUUUUGUGAUACCUGUCUUGCCUUUGAUCUUGAUAUUCUUCCAUUUAUUCUGCUGACCUUAUUUUCUCAUGGAAUUGUAUGUGGUUUUUAUCAGCUAACCUUGAAAUUCUUUAAUGACCGUGUCCGAGGAACACUGAGUUCUUGCUUGUCAUUUGUUAUUGUUCAUAGAGCCCGCAAACUCAUAUCCUGUGCUUGGCGAAGAAAAAUGCCAGCAGAGAGACAGAUCUCUUAGGUGCCGGAGUCAUGUUCAGUAGAGUGUACACAGGCCUCGGCCAACCUUUUCUACCAAGGACCAGAGAAGCAGAGACCGUUGAAUGGGCAUGGCUGCGUUCCAAUAAAACUUUAUUUACAAAAGCAAGCAGCUGGCCCUCGGGUCAUGAUUUUCGGAUGCCUGCAUUAGUGUAACAUACAUACAGAAAAUUCACCAGUCACUGAGUGUCCACCUUGAGGAACUGUCAUCGCAGGAUGGUCCUCCCCUGAAACCACCACUGAGGCCAAGAAGUUGGAAGAGGACCAGGGUCUUAGAGUCCCCCGUGACUCUUGCUGUGUGUCACUCCUCCUCCACCCUGGAGGAAGAAACCAGUGGCUUCUAAACAACCAGAAUAACUAAUAAUCUAAAUAACUAGAUUUUUACAUCACAUUAAAUCCUGCAUGUGAAAACAGUGCAAAUUAAAAAAAAAUAACGAUUCUUGGAGGUGUGGCUUAGCAGGUGAAGAACGUUGUCUCUGUGAGGUUCAAUCCCUGGCCUUGCUCAGUGGGUUAAGGAUCCGGUGUUACCGCAAGCUGCAGCACAGGUCACAGAUGUGGCUUGGCUCUGGUGUUGCUGAGGCUGUGGUGUAGGCCAGCAGCUGCAGCUCCAGUUCAACCCCUAGCCCAGGAACUUCCGUUUGUUGCAGGUGGGGCCCUUAAAAGAAAAAAAUGACUCUCAAGAGGCAAACCUGAUACAUGGGUCUGCUCUCCUGGUGACUGGCUUAUUAUAGUGGUUGAUACGCCCUUUGACUUUCAGGUCUGUUACCUGCAAAAUGGGAAUAUUAAUGCUUGCCUGGGGGCUGAAUGAAAAAUCAAUCAGAGGCUCUACCCGGGGUCUUUAAUGCAGGCCUGUGCCCAGAAACCACCUAAUUUAAGUUGUUUAGCCCUGGAAUCAUCUUUUCCAUAUGGUGGGCACCUCUCUGGGGGCAGCAAGGUCACCCUUGGGAACUGUUGCUAAAUCUCAGUGCAGAGGAAUUCUGAAGCACCUGGACUUAUUUGUGCAAGCCCGGCAGCCCCAAGCACGGUCAGCUUCUUUCAGAUUUAUUCUGGCUAUUGGAUGCCUCCGUGAGGCCUCCGUUGGUGUUUUCCCAGAACACCAAACAAAUAGCCCUUGUGGGGGUUUCCUGGCACCAAGGGCUCCCUGCUCAUUUGUAUGCUGGUGGCCUCUGGUUCACACAUGAGCACUUGUCUCCCGGGCCCAAGUCCGGCUGGGCUGUAUGGGCUGGUGGGUGGCACUGGGCAGGGCUGCUUCCUGCAGGGGCCCUUUCAAGGUUGGUCUUUUUUUUUGGGAGGGGGGGAUGUGCUCCUUUUUGGGUCAACUUCCAGUGCCGCUGUCAGCAGCCCAGCCAUGGACCCAUGAUGGUGCUGAACGUAAUGGGUUAGAAACGACUCUGUCUUCACCAAUUUGCUUUGGAGAUAAAGGCUCCCUAGGAGGUGGCUGUUCCUUUGAUGAACACUACAGCAACUGUGGUUAUAGCGUGGCCCUGGGGACCAAUGGGUUUACCUGGGAGCAGAUUAACACGUGGGAGAAACCAAUGCUGGACCCAGCAGUCCCUACAGGAUCCUUCAUGAUGGUGAACAGCUCUGGGAGGGCCUCUGGCCAGAAAGCCCACCUUCUCCUGCCGACCCUGAAGGAGAAUGACACCCACUGCAUUGAUUUCCAUUACUACUUCUCGAGCCGAGACAGGUCCAGCCCAGGGGCCUUGAAUGUCUACGUGAAGGUCAAUGGCGGGCCCCAGGGGAACCCCGUCUGGAACGUGUCUGGGGUUGUCACCGAGGGCUGGGUGAAGGCAGAACUUGCCAUCAGCACCUUCUGGCCGCAUUUCUACCAGGUGAUAUUUGAAUCUGUCUCUUUGAAGGGUCAUCCUGGCUACAUCGCUGUGGACGAGGUCCGGGUCCUUGCUCAUCCGUGCCGAAAAGCACCUCACUUUCUGCGGCUCCAAAAUGUCGAGGUGAAUGUGGGGCAGAAUGCCACGUUUCAGUGCAUUGCUGGCGGAAAGUGGUCUCAGCACGACAAACUUUGGCUCCAGCAGUGGAACGGCAGGGACACGGCCCUCAUGGUCACCCGCGUGGUCAACCACAGGCGCUUCUCGGCCACGGUCAGUGUGGCAGACACUGCCCAGCGGAGUGUGAGCAAGUACCGCUGUGUGAUCCGCUCCGAUGGGGGCUCUGGUGUGUCCAACUACGCUGAGCUGAUUGUGAAAGAGCCUCCCACGCCCAUCGCCCCACCAGAGCUGCUGGCCGUGGGGGCCACCUACCUGUGGAUCAAGCCGAAUGCCAACUCCAUCAUUGGGGACGGCCCCAUCAUCCUGAAGGAGGUGGAGUAUCGCACCACCACGGGCACCUGGGCGGAGACCCACAUCGUCGACUCACCCAACUAUAAGCUGUGGCAUCUGGACCCCGAUGUGGAGUAUGAGAUCCGGGUGCUACUCACACGGCCAGGGGAAGGGGGCACAGGACCUCCGGGGCCUCCCCUCACCACCAGGACCAAGUGUGCAGACCCAGUGCAUGGCCCACAGAACGUGGAGAUUGUGGACAUCCGAGCGCGGCAGCUGACCUUGCAGUGGGAGCCCUUCGGCUACGCGGUGACCCGCUGCCAUAGCUACAACCUCACGGUGCAGUACCAGUACGUGUUCAACCAGCAGCAGUACGAGGCUGAGGAGCUGAUUCAGACCUCCUCCCACUACACCCUGCGGGGCCUGCGCCCCUUCAUGACCAUCCGGCUGCGGCUGCUGCUGUCCAACCCUGAGGGCCAGAUGGAGAGCGAGGAGCUGGUGGUGCAGACAGAGGAGGACGUUCCAGGAGCUGUUCCUCUAGAAUCCAUCCAAGGGGGGCCCUUCGAAGAGAAGAUCUACAUCCAGUGGAAGCCUCCCAAUGAGACCAACGGGGUCAUCACUCUCUAUGAGAUCAACUACAAGGCCAUUGGCUCUCUGGACCCGAGUGCUGACCUCUCCAGCCAGAGGGGCAAAGUGUUCAAGCUUCGGAAUGAAACCCACCAUCUCUUUGUGGGCCUGUAUCCGGGGACCACCUACUCCUUCACCAUCAAAGCCAGCACUGCAAAGGGCUUUGGGCCCCCCGUCACCACCAGGAUCGCCACCAAAAUUUCAGCUCCAUCGAUGCCUGAAUACGAUACAGAUACCCCACUGAAUGAAACAGACACGACCAUCACGGUGAUGCUGAAGCCUGCUCAGUCUCGGGGAGCCCCCGUCAGUGUUUAUCAGCUUGUGGUCAAGGAGGAACGGCUUCAGAAGUCACGGAGGGCAGCCGACAUCAUCGAGUGCUUUUCGGUGCCAGUGAGCUACAGAAACGCCUCCAGCCUGGAUUCUUUACACUACUUUGCUGCUGAGUUGAAGCCUGCCAACCUGCCUGUCACCCAGCCAUUUACAGUGGGGGACAACAAGACAUACAAUGGCUACUGGAACCCUCCACUCUCCCCUCUGAAAAGCUACAGCAUCUACUUCCAGGCACUCAGCAAAGCAAAUGGAGAGACCAAAAUCAACUGUGUUCGUCUGGCUACAAAAGCACCAAUGGGCAGCGCCCGGGUGACCCCGGGGACUCCACUCUGCCUCCUCACCACAGGUGCCUCCACUCAGAAUUCUAACACGGUGGAGCCGGAGAAGCAGGUGGACAACACGGUGAAGAUGGCCGGUGUGAUCGCCGGCCUCCUCAUGUUCAUCAUCAUUCUCCUGGGAGUGAUGCUCACCAUCAAAAGGAGAAGAAAUGCUUAUUCCUACUCCUAUUACUUGAAGCUGGCCAAGAAGCAGAAGGAGACACAGAGUGGAGCCCAGAGGGAGAUGGGCCCUGUGGCCUCAGCUGACAAACCCACCACCAAGCUCAGCACCAGCCGCAAUGACGAAGGCUUCUCCUCCAGCUCACAGGACGUUAACGGAUUCACAGAUGGCAGCCGCGGGGAGCUGUCCCAGCCCACCCUGACCAUCCAGACGCACCCCUACCGGGCCUGCGACCCCGUGGAGAUGAGCUACCCUCGGGACCAGUUCCAGCCAGCCAUCCGGGUGGCUGACCUGCUCCAACACAUCACCCAGAUGAAGAGAGGCCAGGGCUAUGGGUUCAAGGAGGAAUAUGAGGCUUUACCAGAGGGGCAGACAGCUUCGUGGGACACAGCCAAAGAGGAUGAGAACCGCAAUAAGAAUCGAUAUGGCAACAUUAUAUCCUAUGACCAUUCUCGAGUGAGGCUGCUGGUGCUGGAUGGAGACCCACACUCUGACUACAUCAACGCCAACUACAUUGAUGGGUACCAUCGACCUCGGCACUACAUUGCAACUCAAGGUCCCAUGCAGGAGACUGUCAAGGACUUCUGGAGAAUGAUCUGGCAGGAGAACUCAGCCAGCAUCGUCAUGGUCACAAACCUCGUGGAAGUGGGCAGGCACCCAGCGGAACACACUGUGGGAAAUGCCACUCUAGGCCGUGCUGCGUCCCCCGGAAUGGUGAAGUGUGUGCGAUACUGGCCAGACGACACAGAGGUCUACGGAGACAUUAAAGUCACCCUGAUUGAAACAGAGCCCCUGGCAGAAUAUGUCAUCCGCACCUUCACUGUCCAGAAGAAAGGCUACCAUGAGAUCCGGGAGCUCCGCCUCUUCCACUUCACCAGCUGGCCGGACCACGGCGUCCCCUGCUAUGCUACCGGCCUCCUGGGCUUCGUCCGCCAGGUCAAGUUCCUCAAUCCCCCGGAAGCUGGGCCCAUAGUGGUCCACUGCAGUGCUGGGGCUGGGAGGACCGGCUGCUUCAUCGCCAUUGACACCAUGCUCGACAUGGCCGAGAAUGAAGGCGUGGUGGACAUCUUCAACUGUGUGCGUGAGCUCCGUGCCCAGAGGGUCAACCUGGUGCAGACGGAGGAGCAGUACGUGUUCGUACAUGACGCCAUUCUGGAAGCAUGCCUCUGUGGCAACACAGCCAUCCCAGUGUGCGAGUUCCGCUCUCUCUACUACAAUAUCAGCAGGCUGGACCCCCAGACCAACUCCAGCCAAAUCAAAGAUGAAUUUCAGACCCUCAACAUCGUGACUCCCCGGGUCCGGCCAGAGGACUGCAGCAUUGGGCUCCUGCCCCGGAACCACGAUAAGAAUCGGAGCAUGGAUGUCCUGCCUCUGGACCGCUGCCUGCCCUUCCUCAUCUCAGUGGAUGGGGAAUCCAGCAACUACAUCAACGCAGCACUGAUGGAUAGCCACAAGCAGCCCGCCGCCUUUGUGGUCACGCAACACCCUCUGCCCAACACUGUGGCAGACUUCUGGAGGCUGGUGUUCGACUAUAACUGCUCCUCCGUGGUGAUGCUGAACGAGCUGGACACCGCUCAGCUCUGUAUGCAGUACUGGCCAGAGAAGACCUCGGGAUGCUAUGGGCCCAUCCAGGUGGAGUUCGUCUCUGCAGACAUCGACGAGGACAUCAUCCACAGGAUAUUCCGCAUCUGUAACAUGGCUCGGCCACAGGAUGGGUAUCGCAUAGUCCAGCACCUUCAGUACAUUGGCUGGCCGGCCUACAGGGAUACACCCCCCUCCAAGCGCUCUCUGCUCAAAGUGGUUCGACGCCUGGAGAAGUGGCAGGAGCAGUACGAUGGGAGGGAGGGACGCACUGUGGUCCACUGCCUAAACGGGGGCGGCCGCAGUGGAACCUUCUGUGCCAUCUGCAGCGUGUGUGAGAUGAUCCAGCAGCAAAACAUCAUCGACGUGUUCCACAUCGUGAAAACAUUACGUAACAACAAGUCCAACAUGGUGGAGACCCUGGAACAGUAUAAAUUUGUAUACGAGGUGGCCCUGGAAUAUUUAAGCUCCUUUUAGCCCAACGGGAUGGGGAAGCUGCUGCAGCCAUGCCCCCUUUUCUGUGAAUGGCAGCGACUGGGCUCAGGGGCUAAGAGGUGACUGGGGGUCCCGUGGUCCACGGUGGGCUCUGCACCUUCCAAAGGGUCUCCAGUUGCUUUGGGGGAUGCUGCCCAGCAAGGCCCAGGCUUCUUUUCCACACCACCCCCCAUCAGCCUCCGCCAAGGGCCGGUGUAGACACACACCCAGAGCAAGGCCCGGAUUUUUCAGUGCCCAGGACCUCUUGCUUUUGCUCUUUGCAAGUCUGUGAAUCUCACGGCAAGCCGACAGUGCAGGCGCAGGGCGGGCACAAUCGGACCCUUGGGGUCACUGCCCUGCUGCCCCCCGCCAUCUCCUCCAGGGACCUCUGGCACAGGACACCUGCUGCCUGGACCAUGGGGACCUCAGGAUGCUCCCGAGACCACGGCAGAAGCCCCCGCCCUCCCACCUGACCUGCAUGGGGCUUGGCCCACCACCAUUCUGUACCCCUCCCCCAGCCCAGGCCUUGACCUUCUGGCAUUCACUGGCCAGCCCACUGUGUCCCGCUGUGUCCGUGACACUCCUGGAUAAAGGUUUUCUUUGUUUUUUUGUGAUCGGUGGGAGGGGAUGGAACUGCAGGGAAUUUGCGCCUCCUGUCCCUACCACCUCCCUGGGGCAGGGCUCUGGCUGUCCCCGUGUGUCUUGGGCGGUGACUCCUUUGGGAGGGAUGAGUGAGAUAAGACUUGGUGAUUUUCCAAAGUGUAUGUGAAAGGGAAACAUUCUUGGGGAGGGUGUGAAAUCUUAGUCUCUUAUAGCACAAAAAGGUGGGGAAGGAAGUUUGCUUGUGUAGCUAUAAGACAACUCUCUGGGGCCUUUCACCUCUCCUGGCGAUGUUCUUAAAAGGUCAUAGCCAGGGACAGCAUGGCCAUUGAGCAAGGGAGUGACCGGCUAGUCUGAAGAGGGUCACUUUGGUUUCCGCUGGGGCAGAACCCCAGCGUUGUGCAUAACCUCGGCUCUCCAAAUUUGAACUCCUCCCUAGAGAAACCCAGCUGCCGUCUCUGACAAGGUCCCAUAUAUACUUUGGUUUAAAACAGGCCAAGGGAGUCAGGCCUGGGGAUCUAGACUCUUGCCCAAAGUCUGGGUCAGUCAAUGACGGGGAACCCCCAUUGGCUAAACACCUACUGUAUGCCAAGCUUGCCAUGUUCUUAGACCUGCUCCACCUCAAUAAAGCUCUUAACCUGUGA